AUGGCUAAGAAAUUGCGAAAAAUGAGAAAAAUCGAUUUGAAAAAACUGGGAAAUUGGCUGAAAUUGUGUUGA